AGUAACUGGAAAGCAGUGGAUCUUGUAGGGUAGCUUCUCGCAGCAAAAUUCCAUCCGUGACAAACUUGAUGCGGGUCCGAUGAAGCGUGGUACAAUCAUCAAAUCGCACCGCAUAUCCCACCACACCUCCCACACUGCCACUCCCCUCUUCGUGUGCCACACGUUGGGCCAAGGUUUGUGCCGCAAUGCGCCGUGGUUGCGUACACACUAUUUGAAAAUCAUUCUCGUCCGAUGCCCAUCCAUUCUCGUACAAAAACUGAACCAACUGGGUCGACUUGCCACAUCCCGUUUCUCCCACAAGCACGACGACUCCAUAGUGUUCCAUGCUGUAUAGGAACUGACGCUUGUGUUUGUAAAUGGGAAGUAGCAUCCGUUGCUGGGCCAACGGGGCACGGCUAAAGUUGAACGUGGGAGCAUCCACGCCUCGAUCCUCAUUGUCAUCUCUUAAUACAGAAGAAGAAGAUCGAUAAGCGGAGGAGGACGACGAAGCUGGUUUCCAAAAACUCAUGGUUCAUAUUUCUUUUGCUUGUAGAUCUACUGUAGCAUUUCAAUUUCAAUCUACUCAAGUCCAAACACCAAACGAAAGGUAGCUAUGGCCGAGCGGUGUCGUUUCGUUGUGUGUUGCUGUGGUGCCAUUGUGGUGGUUGCAAAAGAUACCGGGCCCGUUCAUUGGGUUGAACUUCCUUUCACAGCUUUGCUAGCUACUGUAACUCUGCUGUCUUUGAAGCAGUCAAUUCUCGUUCCACGUUGACCAGUCGAUUUUAGGUACAUUAAAAACUUCCACGCUUGCAAAGCUUCCCUUCGCUUCGAUGUCCACAGAACGGAGAGGUGUUUCAUAAUCUCACAACACCAUCGGCAGCCGCCAAACUAAAUAACCAAGAGCUUUUGAUUGCAUACCGUUACCAUGUCUAUGAUCACCGACGACGAACCUGCUAGCAUUGACGUGUUGUUGCAGCAGAAGGAUAUCUGGGUUGGGAAGAUCUUGCCAUAUCUUGGCAUGGGACACUAUGCCUUUGUUGGACCUGCCAACAAACAACUCAAUCAUCUCUACAAGGCGUACUGUGAGAAUGUGAAGAAUCCUCCUUUAGUCUGGGUUGGAUGGAAGAAAACUGUGGCAAUGAGCACUGGCACCUUCUAUAGUGUAGCAUUCUACAAUGUGGCGUGUGCAGAAUUCUGGUACUCUCGACCGAAACAUCCUGAGCAGGUCGAUCAAUGCACAGUCAUUGCCAAGGUUGGAAGCAUCCCAGUACUUCAGUGGGCACGAAAGAAAGGUAUUCCAUGGACUGAGUACACUUGUGUAGCAGCUGCCAAAGGUGGGCAUCUGGAAACCUUAAAAUGGUUGCACAAUAAUGGUUGUCCAUGGAAUGCUGGGACAUGUGAAAGAGCUGCUGCAUAUGGACACUUUGAAAUUUUGAAAUAUGCUCAUGAGAAUGGCUGUCAAUGGGAUUCAUGGACAUUCACAGAAAGUGCCAGGAAUGGACAUUUCAAUGUUUUAAAGUAUGCGGGUCAAAAUGGAUAUCCAUGGAGUGCUCGCACAUUUGAAGGAGCUGCUGAAGGUGGGCAUCUGGAUAUUAUGAAAUGGCUCCAUGAGCAUGGCUGUCGGUGGAAUUGGGAAGCUUGUAUAGCUGCCGCCAGAAAUGGUCAUCUCAACUGUCUGAAGUGGCUCCAUGAGAAUGGCUGUCCAUGGGAUCCAUGCAUUUGCUACAUUGCAGCUGAAAAAGGAAAUUUGGAAAUUCUGAAGUAUGCCCAUGAAAAUGGUUGUCCCUGGAAUGUGGAGGUAUUGAUCAGGGCUGCCGAAGGUGGACACUUUGCAAUCCUAGUUUAUGCUCAUGAAAAUGGCUGCCUUUGGGAUUCAAGUGUAUGUGCAGAGGCUGCUAGAUAUGGAGAUUUGAGCAUGCUAAAGUAUGCUCAUGAACAUGGCUGUCCAUGGGAUGAAGCAACGUGUACAGCAGCUGCUGAACAUGGCCACUUGGAGUUGCUCAAGUAUGCCCGUAAUGGGGGCUGUCCUUGGGAUUCAGCAGCAUGUUCAUCCGCUGCAUUUUGUGGACGUCUUGACAUUUUGAAAUGGCUCCGUGCCAAUCAUUGCCCAUGGGAUGCUUUGACAGUGAGAACAGCUGCAUUGAAGGGGGAGAAAGAAGUGAUGCAGUGGGCACUUGAAAAUGGCUGCCCAAAGUGGAGUGGUUUGGGUGGUGCUCUCACUGGCUAGGUCCUCAAAUUUGUCACCCCUGAUCCCACGGAACCAAGCCCCAAAUUUCACCUCUUGCUUGUCUAAGCAUGCCUCCCUGUUGGCUGCCAUUAGAUAACUUCCCUACUAGACUACUGAUACUCUAAACUUCCUCCACAAUUCCAACCAAAGUACAUGUACAUGUAAUUAUGCUCCCAACGGCAUUGCAGCCUUGCUGGUUGGAUCUUCCUUCGCGCAGCGCAUUGGCAUCGAUGCAAAAGGGCAUCACAGACCAAGAAAACAAGAAAACUUGGAUGAGAAUCCCUGCAUCCAUCGGCCAUCUCCCACAAUCCAAAUCUCUACCGGUAGAGCUAGAAUAGCAAACAUGAAGCAAGCAGCAUCUCCCCUCAAUGGUGGUCAAUCAACCAAGCGCCCUCGAAAGAAGAUGUCUGACGAUAAUAUUAUUGGAGAAUCCCCUGUUCAUGUGGUCCAACCAUCUCAUCCAGAUUUUCAAAAUCCCAUUGACACCAAUCCGAACCAUAAUAAUGGCAACAAUCUGUUGUCUGAUCUCCUGUCUCCCAUGACGCCCAAAGAAUUCAUGACCCAGCAUUUCCGGCAACGAGCUGUACAUGUCAAAGGAUCCACUUCAAAUAAUGAAAAUGGCAGGAAAGAAAAGAAACAGAAGAAGAAUCGCUUCCAACCAAUAAUCGAGGAUGGCAUGCUAAACUUGGAUCCCCUGGAAUUGGCCAAAGAAACCAGUUCCGAUUCUAUUUUUGUUUGGCUGGCGACUCAUGAUACCCAAAACAAGGAAUCUACCCAAGACGACAACAAUAAACCUUAUCCCCAUCCCCUGGUUCAUAGCAUUGAAGUGCCUGAUCCCGAGAGUGCCAAUGCCUUGCAUCAGGCUGGUCAUUCCCUUUAUUGUCGAGCACCACCACCCGUUGAACAAGUCCUGGUCGCCCAACUACUUCGAGACACGGGACUGGGGUGUGGCCAAUAUGAUCCUUCGGGAGAUUCCAUGACCAGUCUGGCACGGGGUGAAGUGGAAAUGUUCUUGACAUCUCGAUCGGGUGGAGUCACCGAUUGGCAUUUUGAUUUCCAAGAAAACUUUACCCUGCAAUUGAGUGGUGUCAAACGAUGGACGCUGCAGCGGGGGACCGUCCCGCACCCUCUACGGGCAUGUACGCCACAUUACAAGGCUACCAGUGUGGUGGAAAAUCAACUCAAGGCGACACAAUUGGCAACACAAGAUUUUUGCUUUGAACCGCCUACUACUACUACUGCCAAUAAUAACAAUAAUACCAGCAAGCAUGGUAACGAUACCAAGGGGCACCACAAUGCCGUUGGACCCACCGACACGGCAACGUUGCAUCCGGGCGAUGUCCUCUAUUUCCCUGCAGGCAUGUGGCACAAGAUCGAGGUUCUGGAACCUGGAGUCUCCAUCAACAUCUCGCUCAUGGCCGCCAACUAUGCCACUGUCACUUGCCAGGCACUCCAACACUACCUGCUGCAAAAGGAUGAAUGGCGGCAAGUGUUGGUACACAACCACGACCACAAAACCCUCAAUGCCGUUGACCAUUUGAAACAGCUCUUGAAAGAUUUGCCAAACAUUAUUCAAGACUUUGCACAAAACCAAGGCGGAGCCAGUGCCAUAUUGCCACCGGUGCUCUUGCAACCACCAAACUUCCAGCCAGAGGAUGACGACAAGGAAUCAUCCGAGCCCGACGAUGACCAAGAGGAAGAAACGAAACCACCCGCCAAGAAAGCAAAAGUCGAUGUUAGUGCGGGGAAGGGUAGCGAUGACGACGAGGAUGACAUGGAGGAUGACGCCGUAGAAGCAGAACCAGAUAAGAGCGAAUGGGCGGACGUUGCUGUGGAAGAAGAGACAGACGACAACAUAAUCGACGCCUGUGAGUUCGAAUACCCUGCCGGCUAUACUGGUCCUUGUUCCAUUGAUGAUGAUGAUGAUGAUGAUGCUUCCAAGGAAACUUUCAAGCUGCUGAAGCAACAUCGCCUGAUUUGCAAUCCUCUGGCCUCGUUGAUUCGAAUGGAUCAGAUCAACGGAUACUUUGCACGACGGUUGGGCAAGGAAAGCAGCGACCAAGACAAUCUGCUGUUUGUCCUCAACAUGAACUAUGCUGGGGUGGAAAGCCAUGAAAGUGCUGUCCGAGUUGUCCUACGAGAUGAUGCUGACGGACAAUUCCUGAACCAACUAUACCAAAACAGGAAAGCUGCAGCCAAAAACGACACGACAAAACGUCCACAAAACCUUGUGGACGACAAGGCGAUGAAGCAAGUCGUGAAGGAUUGCCCCAAAUUGAUUCAUUGCUUACUUUACUAUGGCUAUUUCAUUCUGGUGCCAAUAUCAGCAAAGUGAGCUGGAAAACAAGGAUUCAGUCCUCUUCAUCCGACAACCCGAUCCAAUCGAUUCCUGGUUUGCUCAGCUCCUGAAAUAAGGAGGAACCCAUGCCUGGUCCCACACCCACACCACCGCCAGUGGCCAACUCGGUCCGAGACAUUUCAUUGUUGGGCUUUGCUUUGUUCGCAACCGCUUUGAGUUGGCACGAUGCUGGCAGCGGCUUGGUUGUGGCGCUUGGUUGUGAUCCUAGCGAGCUUUGCUUUUGUGGUUUGUCUCCUUCCUCAUCGGAAGAGGACAAGUCCAAAAGACCCGUGGCAUCUUGCAACACCGAUGUGGUCGUCCAGAGCUUGGCGGCAGAAGGUUUGGGUGGAGACUUGUCAUAAUAUCUAGGAGAUUUCUUUUUGGAAG